AUGAAAUUUGUAUCGAGCUUCAUGCCUCCGUUGACUGUAUCAACAUCAACCUUGAGAAUUUAUCCACCAUUUUUAACCAUUUCAGGAUAGAAUUAGGAAUCCCAAGGUCUCAAGAGAGAUGAAGUGACAUAAAGACGUUUGCCAUCACGAGAAAGUUGGAGCAUCUAAGGUCCACCCUCAAUUUUCUUUCCUUUUACAACUGGAACUUCAUUUAAGAGGUCUUCUCUUUCCUUACCAUUUUCAUCAAUAAUAGUAACAGAGCCACCUUUUAUAAGAGAACCACCCAAGUAUAUAGUUGAAGCAAGCUUAGGGUGA